AUGAGAAAUGUGAAUGGAUGUACGAACGUAAUGAACGAAAAGGAAAUAAAAUCGGAAGGUGAUGAAACAUAUGUGGUUAUCAAGAUGGAAUUAGAUGAUGUAAAACGCGAUGAUUAUGGUGAAAACGUAAAAGACGAUGUCAAUAAUGUUAGAGAAAAUCAUGAAUGGGGAAAAGAGAUCUUACCUAAUUCAAGAAUAAACGAUCAAGCUGCGAUAGAUCAUUGUGAUGAAGCAGGAGUCGAACGGAUAUGA